AUGUUGCAGAGAGCGGCAAGCAAUGCUUAUUCAUGGUGGUGGGUUAGCCACAUCAGAACAAAGCAAUCAAAAUGGAUGGAGCAAAACCUUCAAGAUAUGGAGGAAAAAGUGCAUACUGUUAUGAAGCUCUUACAGGAAGAGGGUGACUCUUUUGCCAAGAGAGCAGAGAUGUAUUACAAAAGGAGACCAGAACUGAUAAACUUUGUGGAGGAAUCCUUCAAGGCUUACCGGGCUUUAGCCGAACGAUAUGAUCACAUAUCAACAGAGUUGCAAAAUGCCAACAACACCAUUGCUUCUGUCUUUCCAGAUCGUGUCCCACUUAUGGAUGAAGAUGACGAUGAUGCAUCACAAAGGCCUCCAAGAAAAAAACCGGAAGGGUUAAAAAAAAUUCCAAAUCCUCCCCUUAAAGAUUUAAAAAGUGUCAUAACAACAGCAACCGCCACAAAGAAAUUUCAGUCCAAGAAGAAAGCUGCUGCUGCAGCAGCCUCUGCUGGUCCAAAAUUUCCCAAAUCUGGUUUGACCAGAAAAGAGGCACUUGAAGAGGUUGACAAGCUGCAGAAAGAGAUUCUGGCCCUACAAACUGUGAAAGAAUUUGUAAAGAACUCUUGUGAGAAUGCAAUGGGUAGGUACUGGGACACUGAGAAGCAAAUAAAGGAAUUGCAAGAGAGAGUUUCGAUUCUGCAAGAAGAAUUUGGAGAAGGUGUGCAUAUUGAAGAUGAUGAAGCUCGCCGAUUAAUGGCGGGAACUGCUCUUAAAUCAUGCCAAGAGGCAUUGACACAGUUGCAAGAGAAACAAGACAGAUCACUUGAUGAAACCAGAAUCGAGUCCAAAAGGGUAAAGGAUGUCAAGGCCAAGUUGGACUCUCUAAUGGACGAAUUCCAUUAUGAUCGGAACAAUUCCAAAAAGCCAAAAGUCCAAAGAGAUUUUAAUAAAAUAGCAGAAACAGAGUCUGAAGAAAAUGCGGAUGGAUUGACUCAGAAGAGACAGGAGUUGCAAUUAUUAAAGGAGAACAUUAAAGAGCAGUUUGAGACUAGCUCCAAUUCAUCACUCAGCGUUACAGAGAUGGCAGAGAAGAUUGAUGAGCUAGUGAACAAAGUGAUCAGCUUGGAAACUGCAGUAUCGUCUCAGAGUGCUAUGGUGAAGAGAUUGAGAACAGAAACUGAUGAUCUUCAGGAGCAGAUUCGAAUUCUGGAAAAAGAUAAGGAAAGUCUUAUCAAGGACAAAAAUAAAUUGAAUGACCAACUGAGAAAAAUGGAAGAAAAGAUGCAUGGAGUACAGGAUCUAAAUCAAAUUGUUGAGGAUCAGAAUAGCAAUUUCCAAAUCCAAUUCAUUGAAGCACAUUCUAAUCUUGAUCAUCUCUCUGAUAAAGUCCAAAAUAUGCAGCCAGGUGACGAGGCUAAGACCACACAUUUAUCAGAUGCACAAAAGGAUUCAUCAACCCAAGAUGAAAUAAAAUCCAAAUCUACAGCUGGUUUGGUAGAAUAUGAUGCAACAAAUAAGGAGCUUGAGGCUGCUGGUACUGUUAAAGAUUAUACAACAUCAGACAACAAGCGUGCGGUCACUAGCUCACCAUUUGCUAAUGAACCCAAUGUUACCAGCUCAUUGGAAAAUGAUGUAACAUCAAACAAAAAGGUUGAGGCUACUGGCUCACCAUUUGCUAAUAAUGUCACCGGUUCAUUGAAAAAUGAUGUAAAAUCAGACAAAAAGGUUGAGGUCACUGGCUCACCAUUUACUAAUCAAGCUAAUAUCACCGGUUCAUUGGAAAAUGAUGUAACAUCAGAUAAAAAGGUUGAGGUCACUGGUUCACCAUUUCCUAAUGAAGCUAAUGUCACUGGUUCAUCGGAAAAUGAUGUUAAGAUCACCAGUUUCUUAGAAAUGAAACAAGCAACUCCUGUGGAAAAUAAAUGUCCAAAAGAGUUAGAAAAACAAGAGAAGACUGUAAAUCCUGGCAACGGUAAUGAAAAGGCAAUAGUUGAUGUAAGCACUAUCACAGAAAAUCAGGAAGUCAAGCAUCUUGCAAGCAACAAGGUAGAUAGUUCUUCAAAGAGUUCAGAGACAAAGCAAGAAAAUGAUGCUAAGACAAGUUCAUGUGAGAUGGAGAAUGUUCUCAAAGUUGAUCCCAAGGAGCAGGCAACAGUACAAGAAGAUGAACCUGAUUGGCGGCACUUGUUUACAAAUGGAAUGCAGGAUAGAGAGCAAGUUUUGUUGACUGAGUAUACAAAUACUCUUCGAAAUUAUAAAGAUGUCAAGAAGAGGCUGGCCGAAAUGGAGAAGAAAAAUCAAGACUUGGAUUCAUCUUUGCAGCUAAAAGAACUGAAGACAGCUAAUGCCACGAAAGAUGAAGAGAUAAGACUUCUGCGUCAAAAACUAGGUCUCUUGCAGAGAAGCUUUGAAGGAAAUGAAGAGUUGGCAGAGCCAACUUCAGUGAUGCCACCAGAAAAGCAAGCCCUUGAGGAACUUUUGCCAAUUGAACCUGAAUCAACUUCACCCAUUGAAGAGAAGUUCAGGUCAAACGUGGAUGAAAUUCUAGAGGAGAACUUAACUUUCUGGUUAAAAUUCAGUUCUUCUUACGCUGAUAUACAGAAGUUUGAAACCACUGUCAAAGAUUUGCAGACCGAGUUAUCAAAACUUCGGGAAAAAGGAAGGUCGUCAGAGGGCAGCAGUAGCAUAAAGUAUUCUAUAAGAGGAGAUGCAAAACCAAUUUACAAACACCUAACAGAGAUCCAGAGUGAAAUAACAGUCUGGCUGGAAAAAGGUGCCUUGUUGAAGGAAGAACUACAAGGUCGAUUCUCAUCUUUGUGUGGCAUCCAAGAGGAGAUAACAGCAGCAUUGAAAGCCAGUGCUGAAGAUGAUGACUUCAGGUUCACAAGCUUCCAAGCUGCCAAGUUCCAAGGUGAGAUUUUGAACAUGAAACAGGAGAACAACAAGGUUGCUGAUGGACUUCAAGCGGGUUUAGAUGUUGUAUCAUCUCUCCAGCUAGAUGUAGAAAAGGCUCUGGUGAAGUUGAAUGAUGAAUUUGGGUUCUCGGCUUCAAAAAGACAACAAAAUGGCCAGCUAAGACAAUCAGAGACUAGGGCCAAGGUUCCUUUGAGGUCAUUUAUCUUUGGCGGUAAACCAAAGAAACAAUCAAUCUUCUCCUGUAUGACCCCUGGAAUGCAUAGGAAACAUCGGUAG